CUGGUCCAUAAUUCGAAAUAAGAAAAAGAAAAAUCGGGCUAGGUUUGUCUGUGCACUUUAGUUUCAACUUUCAACUUUCAACUUACAACAUCACCGAGCGUGGCAAUAAGGGAAGAAAUUUAAUCCUAGCCGCCACCCUAAAAUUCUGUUAAUUCGACGAUACCGUUGGGCCACCACGAAUGUCAGCCGCCAACCGCCACUUUCAUUGGCAGAUAUAACGCCAUUGACUCCGGGGAGUUACAACACGACAAAUUCAUCUUUCUUUUGUUUCUUUUUCUUUCAGACAUUCUAUUGUAGCUCGGUUUCAUUCUUUGGUUGAGUAGUUGGAGCCUGGAGAUAUGAGAGGUCUACAGAUUUUCUUGAAUCAUACCCAACAGACUCGCCUUAAGAAUGCCCAAAAAACGCUCGAGUCUCUCUCAUCAAAGGCUAAUUAUGAUGCUUCAGUUGCAGUUGGUGAUACUGUUCCUUUCAGUUACGAGGAUGGCGUUCUCAAGGGACAUGGGACCCUUGACUUGAAUGGAGAAGUAGUUACCACUAUUUGUGGAGUAGUUGAGCGAGUCAAUAAGCUUAUCUAUGUACGUUCCCUACGUGCCAGGUUAUAUAAACCAGAGAUUGGUGAUAUCGUGGUGGGACGUGUUACAGAGGUUGCUCCAAAACGUUGGAGAUUGGAUAUACAUUACAGCCAAGAUGCUGUUUUGAUGCUUUCUUCGAUGAACUUGCCUGAUGGUAUUCAGAGGAGGCGAACUGCAGUUGAUGAACUCAACAUGCGGAGUAUUUUUGAAGAAAAUGAUGUUAUUUGUGCAGAAGUACGUGGUUUUCAGCAUGAUGGACUACACCUUCAAGCAAGAAGCCAGAAGUAUGGGAAGCUUGAACGUGGUCAACUUCUAACAGUUUCACCAUAUCUAGUAAAGAGACGCAAACAACACUUCCAUCAUUUGGAGCAGUAUGGUAUUGACUUAAUACUCGGAUGCAAUGGGUUUAUCUGGAUCGGGAAGCAUGUUGAUUCUACACAGGACACGAUGAUAGAAGAUCAAGUUAAUAAAAUUGAACAAAAGGGUUCAAAAUUUGAAGGAAACUUUGGCAACCAAAUGCACGAAAGAGUACAUACUCCAUUAGAGACACGACAGAAUAUAUGCAGAACUGCAAAUGCUAUUCGAGUGUUGUCUAUCUUAGGUUUUAUAAUAACAGUAGAAGUCAUAAUGGAGACAGUUAGUCUAAGUAUUUCUCUGAACAUCAAUGUACAUGAAAUGCUCGGUUUGGAGUUCUUUGUCCUUGUGGCAGAAAAAGAGGUUGAACGACGAAGUUGCAGAAAGAAGAGAGGGUGAUUUGGUUUUCUGUCAAUAAUGUGUGUAAUUUGAACCACUCCUAAUGAAAAUUUUGCUACGAACCGUUUGAUUUGCAGAGGAAUUUAGUACUAGAAUAUUUUGUAGAAUUUUAGAUUACGACCACUUGGUCUGUGUACACAUCAGUGAAGAAUGCAACAUUUACUUAAUUAUUCU